GCCACCACUAAUCACACACAGUAGGCAGCGAGAAAAUGUAUAAAUUAUAAUUUAAUUACAAAUAGUUCGUCGUGCCAGAUCUCGAAUCAACAGUCCGCAGUCCGGAAAACCUGGUGAAAAGAAGCGCAAGUGGGGCAAUUCGCUGAACAGUAGACCGCCUGGUUUUCCAUUUCCAAGCGACGCGGAAAGGGAAGGAAAAUCGCAACGAGCGAGGAGCAGAAAAAGUGGGUGAAAAUGCCGAGGAAAAUGGGAGGAAACCGGGGCGCAACGCUGGCGUUGCUUUUCGCCUGCGGUUUGCUGCUGAUAAGUACGGCUAAAGCGGCCGAUUUGGGUUCGGAAUCGGACGACUUCGAGGAUGGAUAUGUGGAAGAUGUUCAGGAGGAGCCCACCGCCACCGAAGGCGAUGAGAAGCUGGCCUACGAGAGCCCGGUGAUCGAUGCCAAGAAGUUCCACUUUGCGGACCAUUUCGACGACGUGGAGGCCUCCAGGAAGAGGUGGGUCCUGUCGCAGGCCAAGAAGGACGACAUUGCCGAGGAGAUCUCCAAGUACGAUGGCAUCUGGAACUGGGAGUCGCCGCAGCGCAUCGUUUGGGCAAACGACCUGGGUCUGGUGCUCAAGUCGAAGGCCAAGCAUGCGGCCAUAUCCGCACCGCUGCGCCAGCCCUUCGAGUUCAAGCAAGACAAACCGCUGGUGGUGCAGUACGAGGUCACGUUGCAGGAGGGUCAGGAGUGCGGCGGCUCGUAUCUGAAGCUUCUGUCCGCUGGAAAAGAUACGGAACAGCUCAAAGCCUUCAAUGACAAGACCCCAUAUACCAUCAUGUUUGGACCGGACAAGUGCGGCAACGAUGUGAAAAUGCACUUCAUAUUCCGGCACGUCAAUCCAAUUAAUGGCACAAUCACCGAGAAGCACUGCAACAAGCCAAAGAACCGAUUGGAAGAGCCGUUCAAGGACAAGCUGCCCCAUCUGUACCAGCUGGUGGUGCGUCCCGACAACAGCUUCGAGAUUCGCGUGGACCACAAGAUUAUCAACGAGGGAUCUCUGUUGACCGACUUCAAGCCCGCCGUCAACCCCCCAGCAGAGAUCGACGACCCCAAUGAUCACAAACCAGAGGCGUGGGAUGAGCGCGAGAAGAUCCCAGAUCCCACGGCCCACAAGCCCGAGGAUUGGGACGAGGAUGCCCCGCCACAGCUGCCCGAUACGGAUGCCGUCAUGCCCAACGGCUGGCUGGAGGAUGAGCCCGACAUGAUUUUCGAUCCCACGGCCACCAAACCCGAAGAUUGGGAUGCCGAAAUCGAUGGCGAGUGGGAGGCUCCGUUGGUGGACAAUCCCGUCUGCGAGAAGGCCGCCGGCUGUGGCAAGUGGAAGGCUCCGCUUAUCCCGAAUCCCAACUACAAGGGCAAGUGGCGUGCACCGAUGAUCGAGAACCCCAACUACCAGGGCAAGUGGGCGCCCAGGAAGAUUGCCAAUCCGGACUUCUUUGAGGAUCUCAAGCCCUUCCAAAUGACGCCAAUUAGCGCUGUGGGUCUGGAGCUGUGGUCCAUGUCCAGCGACAUUCUCUUCGACAAUCUGAUCAUCACCGACGAUGUGGAGGUGGCCCGCGACUUUGCCGCCAACAGCUUCGACAUUAAGCGUCGCUACAUCGAUCGCGAAUCGGACUCAUUCGUGAAUAAGGUAGUCGAGCUAGCCAAGGCCUAUCCCUCGAUCUGGGGAAUUGGCCUGGUGGCCAUUGUGGCGCUGGUGGCCAUCACCAUCUACUGUAGAUUUGGUACCGCUAAGAGUCAGGACUCGGCUGCCAAAAAGGCGGCUGCCCAAGCCAAGAAGACCGACGAACCACAGCCCGACGAUGAGCCCGAGGCAGAGGAGGAGGAGAGCGAUCUGUCCGGCGAGAGGGCCGCUGGAGAUUCCAGCAAGGAGAGCACACCGCUGUCCGCUAGUCCCAAAAAGAAGAACCAAAAGGCUGAAUUAGAUGAUAACGAGGAGGAGACCAAGGCGGCGGAGAACCAAGAAGAGCCCGCACAGACUGAGGAAACUAACACAAAACAACGCAAGCGUCAGGCGCGCAAGGAGUAGAGCGGGCAUCCUCACAUGCCGAAUCCAAAAACACAUACUGCAAAUUUAAAACAAACUUAAUUCAAUUCCAAAUGCCAGCGGCUGCAGAAACAUCAACAACUAAAUGUCCAAGCAAACUUACUUUUCAAACAUGUUGAAUUUUCGUGAAGGCAGCCCCUCAAACAAAGCACUCACACAUGGAGAAACACCCACACAAACGGAGAAAUAAACACACACUCUCACACUGAAAAAACAUACAGAUUCUAGUGAAGUCUCUAAUUUAAUUUACUAGUUUACGCGGUUCGGUUUAGUCAACUCUAUACGUACUUUUCUGUAUUAUCGUUGCAUUUCUGUUGUGUUCGACCCUCUGUCGUCUCUGUCCUCUGCAUCUCCUAUAAUCCCAACCAACCAACCAGAACCCCUGCUUUAUAGUGUUUAGUUGAUGUGCUUAAUCCUCAACCAGAGACCUUUUGAUUUGUGUAAAAAUAAAAUAACAAACACCAACUAGACAAUUGAGGGAAACAAAACUAAAAACUAAAGCGAAAAACGAAAACAGCAAGCAAACAAAGAGGGAACUAAGCAGAGAAAUUUAAUGGCAAACAUCUAGUUUAAUAUUAUGUAAUUUAAACGAAAUUGAAUAGUAUGAUAGUUAUACUCAAGUUUCCAUUUUCAUUUGUAUCAAUGAAAAUUUACAGCGAAAAAUAAAACUAAAUGUCAAAACCAAAA